GCGCUGCGUUCGCAAAUUAAAACGUAGAUAGGUGUUGAUCUGUUGUUAGGUUAAAAACUGAUAAAUACACAAAUAGAUAAAUAUCCUUCUUUCUUAAUGAAAGUUAAACACAAUAGUAAAGGGGCGAAGAAAAAGAAAGCUAAAUUGAAAAAAAAUGCAAGAAAACUGACAACACGGAAAAUAGAGAAACAUUCUGUUGGCAAAAACAAAUCUAUGUUGGCUUACAAACAAACUACUGUAAAUUUUAAUAAUAUGGACAUUAAUGCACAAAAUAUUCCUUCAAAUUCCACAGUUGAUUCUAUAAGAUGGGAUAGUUCUGAGGAACUGACGAAUAAGGAAAUGGACAAUGAUUGGAAGUUGGAUAAUUCUGAUGAGGAAAUAGAAGCUGAAACAGAUGAUUGGACUCAAAUUGCUCCAAAAGAAAAAAGAAAUAUAGAGUUACCAGUUGUGAUGGAGAUGCAUUCAAAUGAUGUGUCAUCUAAUCUAUCACAGAUAUUUAAACAAAAGACAUGUUUAAAUAAGGAACUUUACAGUAACAAAGAAUUUUACAGUAACAUCUUCCAAACAGAUAUACCUUCCAAUGAUGAAGCGUGCGUUAUAGUCGCUAAAUCUAUAAAUCCUAAGCAUGAUACUUACGUGCAAACACAGACAUCUUCUGUGCCACCAAAUACAGAUAAAAAUAACAAAAACAAACAUACAAGUGAGAAUAAAUUAAAAAAUAGUAUCAAUAACAUAAGCAGUCCUAAGAGAAAUCCUAAGUGCAGAAAUGUAAAGAGUAAAAAAUCGAUAGAUUGCAAUACAGAAACGGUGCAUAGGAGUUCUCAUCUUCAAAAUCGCGUACAGUCUUCGCGGAAUAAAAAGACCCCAGCAUUUUAUUGCAUAAGGAACAUAGUUAUAGUUAUUAUGAAAAGCGAGAGUAGAUUAUGCUUCACCGGCAAGCUGUUGGUAAAAGUAUUAUAUGGUGCUGUACAAAUUUACGGGUACAUAUUAAAUAAGUCGACCAGUACCACGGAAGUGUAUUCUCCACGAGGAUACAGUAAUAUUGCUAUAGAAACCAGCAAGGAAUAUCCCGUAGAUAACAAUAUCGAAGAUAUCUGGGCAGCACUUGCCGUGGAAGACAUCACUCGAGAUUCCGAGAGUCAGCUACAAGCCGACAUCGACAAAGUCCAGCCGGGUGAGGCCGUCCUCGUGUUGCAAAAUUUCGACAGCAAUCUGACGUUGUUUCUGAAAACUUACUUUUCGUACCUCAGAUUGUUCCCGGACGUAAAUAAUUCCUGCUACUAUCCUUGGACGGAUCCCAGGCGAGCCGAGAUAAUAUUGCAGGCCGAGCUGCAUUUCGAGCAAUCUAACAGUUCCACCUGUAAACGAUUGAUCAGCGAUCCAGUGAUCAUCGAUAUCGCGCAGAGGAUGCUGAGUCGCUGGCGCAAAAACGAAUGGUCCUGCACGUUGAUCGCUGGCGGGAAAAACGUCGGCAAAUCCACCAGCGUGCGCUAUCUGAUCAACACUCUGUUGCAAGAGUGUUCGAGGGUGAUUCUGAUAGAUGUAGAUCCCGGUCAAGCGGAAUGCACACCACCUAGUUGCAUCUCGUACAGUUUGAUCGAGGAACCAUUAAUGGGGCCAAGUUUUACGCAUUUGAAGAUACCGGUUUAUCAGCUAUUCAUCGACGACGUAAACGUUGCCCGAUGCGUCACUCGCUACCUGGAAGGUAUCAAGAUGCUGAUCGAGAGAUUAAAGGGGGAUCCUGAACUGUCCCGUUUACCUGUUGUGGUGAACACGAUGGGUUUCGCGAAAAAUCUAGGCUGGGAUAUCGCGAUUUUCACGAUAAAACUGAUCAGACCGUCAAUUAUCGUGCAGAUUAUGUCGUCGAAGAGGAAGAACAAUUACGACAAUGUCUUUAGCGCGGAAGUCGUAAAUAAGCAGGAAUGCUCGUGGACGUUUUGCGACGAGAAAUUUAUCAAUUGGGACAGGUCGUGCGAGCACGAUUUGUGUAUCAUUAAUUCUCCGGCCGAAGUGCAAACAGUCGUGGAUCAAGGACCAAAUCAGUGGAACAUGGAACCGUAUCAGCAACGCGAGCUCAUGAUGAUGUCUUAUCUCAGUGAUAUCGUACGCAACAACGAUGAUUCUUUUCACUACAACGCAGGACUGUCGCGCAGCAUCAACCAAGCAAUACCAUAUACAGCGCCUUUCUCUUCCCUGUGCAUUAUUCCUCAACGAUUGUUCGGCAUACCGGAGUCGCAUGCUUUAAGCAUUGUAAAUGGCAAUAUCGUAGCACUGUGUGGUAUAGAUUUAACAGAAGAAUCUUCGCAAGAGUCGACGAAUAUUUCCACUCUUCGGAUAUUGACGCAAAGAUCACCCUUAUGUACAUGUUAUGGCUUCGGAAUAGUUCGAGGUGUCGAUAUGGAGCAACAGCAAGUGUUCAUAAACACACCAUUGCCGAUAUCGAUGAUGCAGCACGUUAACUGUUUAGCGGGCUGCAUUCCAGUUCCGCCGAUGCUUUUACAGUUACAUCCAGGCGUACCUUACGUUAGUGGAAAUGCAAUGUUGCCGACGAGUCGCGAACCACGCAAAGGGUACUUUCGGAUGAGAUAUCGAAAGAAUCGGAGUCAUAGUAAAUCCUAAUAAUAAAACGUACAUAUAAGUAUACCUCCUGCGCCUUCUAAAUAUUCGUUGAUUUUCUAUUCAUGAAAAAGAGCAAGUGCUUUAUCUGAAUAUAACAUAGUUGCAGAUAUAUAUAUAUAUAUAUAUAUAUAUACAUAUACAUAUUUUUGAGAACAAUUGUAAAAAAGACCAUGAAAAACAAGGAAGCAAACAGGCUAAUGAGAGCGAAGUACAGAAAGCGAAUAAAUAUCCCCAUAAAAAAAUCCUUUAGUUUAAAUGUUCUCCUACUCAUUGCAUUUCCUGCUCUCUCUUUAAUUUUUUUAUGCACGAUAAUAUAUUUGCAAUGUCUUACUAUCACAUGAUGGAAGUAUACGAUUUUUAUAUCAUUUAUUGAAGAUAGUCCGAGAAACCGAAACAUUUAAUUAAAGGAUUUUUUUUAUUUUUUUACAAUAUUCGUAUUUUAUUUUUUGCGCUUGGUUCUCAUUAACUUGUUUUCCUCUUUGUUUUUUAAUUUUAUUAAAGCUUUUUCUUUAAUUUUUAUUUUGUUUGAUAAAAAUCAAUGUCUAUAACAAACAAUGCAUAGAUGAUAGAUUUAGUAUGUGUUAUAUGUAUACACAUACAAAUUUCUUAUAUUGAUCAUUGUCAAGUAACAUAGAAAAGAGGAGAUAUAUGUAUAGAUAAAAAAUAAUAAUUUUAGGCAUAUAAAAUGAAUGUCUAUCAUUAUUGUCACACCAUACAAAUCUUUAAUCAAAAAUAUACGAAACAAAAAUUA